GUCAUUUCCUCGCGCCAAGGGACGGUUCUGAAACCCUCGCGCUUCUCUGUGCUGGUGGAGUCAGUGGAAACAGUGGAGGGGCGGCAGAAUGAGCGAGGCAGACGGGCUGAGGCAGCGCCGGCCACUGCGGCCGCAGGUCAUCACGGACGAUGGCCAGGUCCCGGAGGUCAAGGAGGGCAGGUAGACCGGGACUGGGCUGGAAUCAUCCCUUCUCAUUAACCCCACUUUGACCGUGGAGCCGGGUUCGUACUGACAGAGCACAUUUGUGGGGCGAGGCCUUGCGUGCACCGGGCUGUCCGCCCUCGCGCUGCUGUGGACCUUUUCUGUCCUUGCCAUCCAGCCGCUGGAGCCAAUAUCUUUUGCCUUUCUUUAGUUCCGCGCAUUUUCCCGACUUGGACGUAUCCUUGUUGGAUCCUCUCCUGGGACAGCCACUUGAUUACUGCCCAUUAGCCUUUCGCGUUCCCGGUUUUUCACUUUCCUUGGAGAGAAGUCAGAAAGAUGCUGGGUCUUCUUUCUGCGAAGAUCCUCCUCCUGCAUCUACUACCUUUGCGCAGUCGUUCCUUUAGUGGCAGAGUUUUCAGAAUGACCUUCUUGAUGCUGGCUGUGUCCCUUGCCAUUCCCCUGCUUGGAGCCAUGAUGCUGUUGGAGUCCCCCAUAGAUCCUCAGAGUUUCAGCUUCAAAGAACCCCCUUUCAUGUUUGGUGUUCUGCAACCAAAUACGAAGUUGCGACAAGCAGAAAGGCUAUUUGAAAACCAACUUAACGGACCAGAAUCCAUAGUAAAUAUUGGGGAUGUGCUGUUUACUGGCACAGCCGAUGGCCGAGUUGUAAAACUGGAGAAUGGAGAAAUAGAGACCAUCGCCCGGUUUGGUUCGGGCCCUUGCAAAACCCGAGAUGAUGAACCUACCUGUGGGAGACCCCUGGGCAUCCGGGUAGGACCCAACGGGACUCUUUUUGUGGUUGAUGCAUACAAGGGACUGUUCGAAGUGAAUCCUCAGAAACGUUCAGUGAAACUGCUGCUAUCCUCUGAGACUCCCAUUGAGGGCAAGAAAAUGUCCUUUGUGAAUGAUCUCACUAUUACUCGGGAUGGGAGAAAGAUUUAUUUCACGGAUUCUAGCAGCAAGUGGCAGAGACGAGACUACCUGCUUCUGGUGAUGGAGGGCACUGAUGAUGGGCGCUUGUUGGAGUAUGAUACCGUGACAAAAGAAGUGAAGGUUUUGUUGGACCAGUUGCAGUUCCCUAAUGGAGUUCAGCUGUCUCCUGAGGAAGACUUUGUCCUGGUGGCAGAGACAGCUAUGGCCAGGAUACGAAGAGUCUAUGUGUCUGGCCUGAUGAAAGGAGGGGCAGACAUGUUUGUGGAGAACAUGCCUGGAUUUCCUGACAAUAUCCGGCCCAGCAGCUCUGGCGGGUACUGGGUUGCUGCUGCAACCAUUCGUGCUAACCCUGGGUUUUCCAUGUUGGAUUUCUUAUCUGACAAGCCUUUUAUCAAGAGAAUGAUUUUUAAGCUGUUCAGUCAGGAGACAGUGAUGAAGUUUGUACCACGAUAUAGCCUGGUCCUGGAAGUCAGUGACAGUGGUGCCUUCCGGAGAAGCCUGCAUGAUCCUGAUGGACAGGUGGUCACCUAUGUGAGUGAGGCACAUGAACACGAUGGAUACCUGUACCUGGGCUCCUUCAGAUCUCCCUUCAUCUGCAGACUCAGCCUCCAGUCAAUUUAGCCAGCCCAGCAGCUGCCCACACUGUGCAUGCCAGGAAUCAUCACACUCAGUCAUAUAGGUCUGGAAGGAGCCAUGGACAUAGCUCUCUUCUGUGUUUCUGCUAGUCCUUGGAAGUGUGCAAGUAGCUGCUGCAACCUGGAGAACAUAUGGGCCUUACCCAUACUUUCUCCCAAGAGGUGUCUCUCACCUGGACUCAAUGUCACUUUUAGAGGGAAAUAGUGUAUCUGCUAUGGGGAAGACAAAUCAUGGAAAGCCAUUUCUCUUUAAAAAAUAUGCUAAGUACAAGGAUUCUUUAGUACUUGGAAAGUUUAAUACACUUGUCACAGAGCUCAGGGUUUGAUGAUUAGAGCAGGGGAUUAGCUCUAUCUGACACCUUCUGUAUCUUCAUUCUAAAGUGGGGUCAUGCUUUUAGGGGUGGUGUGGCGGGUGCCAUGGAAGUGGUAAUGCAUGUGUUGAUGCAGGGAUUAUGCAAGCUGAAACUUGUUCUCAGGGGCCAUGUCAGAUGUGUGAGAAUACCUGGACUCCUGGUUUUCCUCCAUAGUAAAGGGGUGUUCUCCCACUCUCUACAAGUCUCUUCAUGCCAGAGGGUUUUCAAGACUCCCAUUUAGUGGCCAGGAGGAUUUCAUUGGGUUUCUUUCUGUGACUGCCUUCUCCACUGUAAUUGGGUGACCCAGCGAGUUUGGACCUGCCCAGGGGUGUUUUAGAGAUGCCCUUUUACGGCCUGAUUCCUUUAGACCCACAGAUGUGAUUAGCGAACUGUUGAUGUAAUGUUUGUGCUAAUGUAAUAAGCUCCAAGUUGCUUAUUUCUUGGCAAGUAUGUUUAUAUACUGGUCUUAAUUUUGAUAAUAAUAAAUCAUAUUAAACCCA